AUGGAGGUCACGGACCAAAACCAGCGAUCGGGGGAUGAGUGUGACAUCAUCAGUUGCUUACGUAACAUUUCGGAAAUUUUGGGUGAUUUUUUGGAUGACGAUCAAGAGCCUACCAGUUCAGUUGCGACGGCGUUUCAAACUCACACAGCAUUCAUUCGCAAUGCCGUUAGCACGGUCGAUGCCGUUGACUGCGAGAUUGCAGCGACCAAUUGGGCUAGCAUCACCAUGGGUCUCCAUCCCGAGGACACUGUUCGCAGUUGGAAUUCCUCCAAACAGAUACCGAUCAUUAAGCUAAUCGAGGGACAAAAAAGACAAUAUGCGUCUAUUUCCACUCGGCCCAUCCCACCUACUGUCGCACCCCGGUCCGCCAACGUGGACACUUCUUCGGCUUCAACAGCAGUCAGUUCCUCCUCCCCCCAACCGCAAAAAAACAGCAUUCGAGCCCGACUACGAGAAUACGCACGCAAAUCCCGCGAAAUGGUUCGUCAGUUUAUUACGGGAUCUCGAGAUUAUCUGCGCGAAACACGAGAGGCAAAAGAAUUGAAGAAGCGAAAGGUGGUUAAUGGCUACGAAUGGACAAGAAAGGAAUACUUUUUGGUAAAGAAGAAUGAGCAAGACUUCUGGCGUGCAAUACCUUUCAUGUUCUGCUGUGUCUUCUUGGGCGAAGCGAUACCUUUUCUUCUUAUUCGGGGCAUAGUGCCAAGCACGUGUCUUACAGUCGAGCAACUGGAUGCACGCUGGAAGCGUCUUGCGGGAGUUAGGAAGAAAUUAGCGGCAGCAGCUGUGCAGAGUGUUGAUUCGGGCGAAGCGAUGCCGGCAUCCGCUUUCCUUUCGGACGAUUUUGUCCUCCGUUUGGCUCAUACGCAACCUCAAUACUUUCUCAUCGACAACCUAACCGGUCCUCAACUGCGCGCGUAUAACAAGUACCUUGGUAUAUGGCGUGUUGGCCCAGCCCCUUACCUUCGCCGCGUUUUGCGCCAACACGUAGAUUACAUUCGCGGUGACGAUCUGUUACUUAAGAAGGAAGGGCUAGAGAGUCUAACACCGCUUGAGCUGAAAUGGGCUGUCGAGGCGCGUGGAUUGCCAUCGACUGACGCCACUCCAGAGCGAAUGCGGGAAGAUCUUAGCUCUUGGAUAAGGCUUCACAUUAACGAUGACCAGGAAGUACCUUUCUCUUUGAUGCUCUUGACCGCGAUUAUUAGAGUUGAGUUGCAAAGUCAGAUGAAGGAGGUUGUGAGAGUAGGGAGCAGUCGGAUGAAGGAGCAUCCUCAUUUGACAGUCUCGACGGAUUCGGUAAUAUUCGCUGAAGAGCAAAAAUCUACAGCGGUCGCAAGUGGAUGA